ACCUUCUGCCUUUUUCCAUGUAUCAAAACAACAACGUUCUGUUUUGUAACUUUCUGUUUAUUUUGCAUUAUUCUAGCGAUAUUUUUGUGUGAAGGUGACUUUUAUCAGAAAUUUAUUGCAUAAGUUAAACGCAUAUUACUGAAAAUUUCCUUUGCAUAACUGAACACUGUCUAAAAUUCACUGACAGAUCUGUCAACGAGGAGUAACUUUUCCACACAGCGUCCAUAAAUAAAGCCAAGGUCAUAAAUGAGUUUUAACCUCGUUAUAUUUCAUACCAGUUUGCAAAAUCUACAGCAUUUAAUAUAGAAAAAAUGUAAAAUAGCAGCCUGUAGAAAGACGAAAGGAGAGUAAAAACACAGGACAUUUUAAGAGAAAAUGAUAAAUAACAACUCCUUUCUUCCACAAAAAGUAGCACGGAGCUUGAACCAGGUCUUCAAUGGACAGGGGAGAGAAUGCAGUGGUACUUAACACAGCUGCACAACCGGGUACCAGACAGAAUGAAGAUUUCAGUGAAGGCAGAGAGGAUAUUGCAGAAGUCCUAGCAGGUUCUGAAGAACACCAUAAUCAUAACAAUCAUCAUGAUGAACAUUUCCAUCGAGAAGAGCAUGAUAUCAACCAGAAGGUAUCGAAUCAUAACAAAAUUCUUACCUCCUUUAUAGCGGGUGGGUUUGCUGGUGCCAUAGCAAAAACGACAAUAGCACCCUUGGAUAGAACCAAAAUCAACUUUCAGACCUCCAAUACAAUGAGAUUUUCAUUCAAGAAAGCCAUUCAGUUCCUCAUCAAGACCUACAAGUCUGAAGGAGUUCUUGCCCUUUGGAGAGGCAACUCUGCUACUAUGGUCAGAAUAGUCCCAUAUGCUGCCAUCCAAUAUACUGCUCAUGAACAAUAUAAACUUCUGCUGAACAAAGGGAAGAAACGAAAAAAUCUGCCGCCAGUUUUAAGGGCAGUAGCUGGUUCCCUAGCAGGAGUAACAGCCACAACUUGCACAUAUCCUCUAGACUUUGCCAGGGCCAGGAUGGCAGUCACUCAUAAAGACAGAUAUAGAAGUCUGAUUGCUUGUUUCCGAAGUGUACUGAAGGAGGAAGGAUGGAGGAUUGUGAUGCGUGGAUACACACCCACAAUGUUUGGCUCAUGUAUAUACUCAGGAAUCAGUUUCUUCACAUACGAAACUUUAAAAAUUAUCCAUGCAGAAUAUACAAAGGGUGUUGACCCAACCCCAUUAGAACGCUGGUAUUGUGGGGCUGUAGCAGGCAUCUGCGGACAAUGCUCAUCAUAUCCAUUAGAUAUUGUCAGAAGAAGGAUGCAAACUGCAGGUGUCACCGGUCAUUCUAAGGAUUACACUACAAUAUAUAGAACUGCAAAGACAGUAUAUAUACAUGAGGGCCUCAAAGGCGGAUUAUACAAAGGCCUGUCUAUGAACUGGAUAAAAGGGCCUGUAUCAGCUGGUAUUAGCUUUAUGACUUUUGAAACAGUCCGAAUGUGGCUGCGAAAAUUCCCAAUCUUUCAUAUAGACAGUGAUUAACUUAAUGUGGUUAAGUAUUAACAAAUUGUGAUUUCAAUUGUGAAUUGUGUUACAGAUACAUUUAUAUGUAUACAUAGAUAGUUUGAUUGAAAAGUGAUUAGAUUUGUUACUUAUUAGAACAGUGUGAAUGUUGCAACUGAAUUCUACAGUGUUAUAAACUAAAAUGAACAAGAAUUGAACGCUUGUAUUGCAGUCAUUUUUGAACAAGGGUACAACUACUUUGAGUAACAAUUUUUAGAAUUAACAAUGUUUAACUCGUGCAUUUGAUCAUGAUAUAGAUCUAUAACUAUUUAACCAGGUCAUUAUCCCCAUGAAUGUUACAGACCACUCUUAACUCAGUAGGUAGAAAAUUCUACGAGUGAGAAGCCGCAUUUUUUAUUCUCCCUGACAGAGUGACAGACAGCAAUGCGUCUGGGGUCAUCUGCCCACUGUCUCUGAUUCAAACUGAUCAGUCAUCAAUUUUGUGAGACUGAUACAGAAACCAAGAAUGCUAGUGAGCUUCACUAACCUCAGUUACGUAACUGAAAUAGUUUUGAAAGACAGGUGUUAACUCAAACAGACUCAGAUAUCAAUAUCAACAUAUGUUUCAACUUUGAUACAUUUAUAAUUCAGAUCACUUUUUGUUCUUGUAACACUCUUAAGACUGAAAAGAAGUUUCACUGUGUUUAGCUUUAAUUUCAUUUACCUUGUAAGAGUGUACAUAUCUACUUUUCAUUUUUUGAGGAACCCUGCAGAACCUACUUUGGAACCAAGGGUGGCAAAAUUGAAUUGGAAUAGAAGUUACUUUAUCACUUUUGUUGAAUUGUUCCGUUUUUUUCUUUCAUCAGAUCUUUGUAACAUUCUUGUCCAUGUCUCACUUCUUGAAAUCCAAAAUUAGUUUUUUUCUUGCACAGAGCUACAUGUACGGGUCAGAUGUUGACAUGUUGAUGUCAUCUCACUAAAGCUGGAUUUAAUACAUUGAGUCCUACCAUUGUUUGAAAUGUACAUUUUCAUAUUAACAGAUAUAAAGCUGGUUCUGCCUUCAGAAAUAGUUUAGCAACACCUUUAUUGUUUAGAAUAUUUGCAUGUGUAGAUAAAAGUUGAACACAAGAAGUUUUGUAUGUAGCCUCCCUUACUUCUUUUAAUACUGAUAUACAUUUUUGUAUUUGAAUACAAUCUUUGAGAUAAAAACAGAUGAAUAAAAAUUUCAGUUUAAGGGGAGGUAAUAAACUAUUCGUCUUACUUUUAAGAAGUUCUGAGGCCGGGAAAAAGUCAACAAUGUGAAACAGAAACAUGCAUCACAGAGGUGUUAAAAUUACUUUAUAAAGAACAACUAAAAUUCAUUCUUUCAAAUUUGUUAUGUGUGGUAUUUUAAUUAUUUUAUUGUUAACACCUCUUCAUGUACAUGUAUGUCAACUUAAGUUAAAGCAAUAAGAAACGUGGUAGUAUAAUAUAUGUAAGACGGGUAUAAGUACAUUCAUUCAAUUUUCAUCUAGGGCAUUUUUUAUGUUUAUUCAGGAAUGUUCAAUUUUGCUCUUUUAGUAGAUAUUUUGAUCUCGCACUGAAAAAAGGAACAACCUUUUAUUUUUGCUUUAUUCCUGUACCAUUUUGAAAUUAUCUCUCCCGCUUUAAGUGUGAUAUAUAAAUAUUUAGCUCAGUCGUUUGGACCGUGAGAUUAAAAUAUUUGACAUAGGUAAUUCCUUACUUUGAAUCAGAAAUUUAAGUCAGACUUCUGUGCUUUUAAAGGAUUUUCUUACAUAGUUUAUAUUCCAUUUCUGUUACUUUUACACCUAGAACUCAACAAUUGCAACUCUUUGGGUUUUUGCAAAAUUGUAAUAGAUUCACUAAAACGAAAAUGCAUCCACUUAUUUCUAAAACAGAAAGUUUAAAUUUCUGACAUUUUACUGUGGCUCUGUGGGCCGCCAUUGCCUAGUGGUUAAUGUUGUUGACUUAAAUUAACUUGCCCCGCACCGAUGUGGGUUCGAUCUUUGUCCAGGGUUGAAUUCUUCAUGUGAGGAAGCCAUCCAACGGCUUAAGGAAGGUCGGUGGUUCUACCCAGAUGUCCGUCCUUGAUGAAAAAAUGCACGGAGGGCACAUUGAGUCUUCCUCAACCAUAAAAAAAUAUAAACAGUUGCCAUGUGACCUAAAGUUAUGUCGGUGUGAUGUUAAACGCGAACAAAAAGAAAAACUUUAGUAUCGUUCCCAAUCAGUAUUCAAGCUAGCCUCCAGUCGUAUAUGCCAUACCGUCCAUCGCCACAGAUAUGUGGUGUUACGUGCAGAUAACAGUUUAUAAUGGUUUGAAAUUUAGAGUCUUACAUGAGUUAGCUGGUAUUUAUGUGUCUUAGAUUAACUGACUUUUUGUAAAAAUUAAGUUUCAGUUGAUGAAUAAUUUUAUAACCCUGUAAGAAAAACGUUGAUGAAACAUUUUUUUCUUUUGAAAAGGGUAAUUUCCCAUUGUAAAACUUUCGAGCUGAUAGAAAGUGUUUUUGAUAAUAUUUUAAACGUGUUACUUUGUCACAUGCCCUGUGAUGUUAAAAAAUUGUAUAAGUGUCACAUUUAGUAAAAGCAUAAAAUGUUAUUGUACAUCAAAACGAACGAUUCUCUUUGUAACAAAAUGAAUUUUUAUACCCAGUAGUUUCUCAGUUGUUAUGAUGCAUUAUUUUUUUUUGAAUUUCUUGGUUUGUGAUUGUGCUCAAAUGAUUUUGUCAUAUCCUGUGAUAAUUUAUCAUGUGUUGAAUAUUGUUUUCCGUUAGUGUAAGAAAUUCAUAGGAACCAGAAACGAAACUAGGUUUUUUAGGUGCCUUGAAAUAUUUUUUUUUAUUUUGCUGAGCUUCAUUCUGAUACUGUUAAACUGACGAAAGAAAGCAUAGAAACUACUAGUAUAUACAUGUAUAGGUCACUCUUUGUUUUAGAAGUUCACGUUUAUCUGAAAUAGUUGAUAACGUUUUUAUUUGGAAGUGAAAAUAUUUACUUCGUUAUCUUAUAAUUCAUACAGUCCAAAAAAUGCUAAAAGUAAUCAAAUCUAAUUAGAAAAUCCAUCAAAAGCAUAGAAUGAAGUCAAGCAAAACAAUAGCAGAAAUGUUUGGUAGUCUAUUCACGGGUGACACCACUCGGCACUGGAGCUCGUGAAGAUAUUGAAUGGACUCUAUGCUCCCAAAGAACCAGAUGGCAUUAAAGUAACAGUGUGGAACUAGUCAUGAUGUAACCAGUUGACAACUAUGACAAAGUUUGAACAGUAGCUAGAUGUGUUAACAUCUAAUGCAGAAACAAUUUAACAUCUAAUGCAGAAGCGUACAAAAACAUUAGACGUACUAACAGAAAAAUAGAACGCCUCUCACACAAGGCCAAAGAAAUUGUUUCAAGAUUUCUUUAGUAAAUAUUUUUGUGGCAGUUCUAAUGUUUCAGUUGAUAAAUCGAUGGUUGAAUAGAAACCUAUCGUAAUUGACCGAAUUUACAGAACAAGUUAAGGCAGUUAACAAUUCAAACACGGCAUUUUAAAAAAUGAUAAACGAGUCAUGCAAAAUCAAAACAAUUUAUAUCAGUAAUGUAGAACUUAUGAAAUAUAGUUUUGUUAUGUUGGAGCGUAUUUAUAUUGCAAUAAUAAUUAUGUAUAUUUUGUACUCUUUUUCUUUUUUCAUGUAUUAUUCAGGAAUGAUUCAUUUUUAGCUCAUCUGAUUUUUUGAGAAAAAAAAUGAUGAGUUAUUGUCAUCACUUGAGCGGUUGUCGGCGUCGGCGUUGCCUGGUUAAAGGCCUAGAUUCACUACUAUAUAAGUGUACCCCCCCCCAAAUCCAAUAUACAACUCCCAUCUUAUCUGCUGCUUAUCAGCGAGUAUGUAACAGUAACAGAUUAGAGGGCAAUUAGCACAGCAGGGACCCCAACUAGACCAUGAAGAUGUGUGCAGUGGAGUUGAAAGAAAUUAAUUUUUCUUCAGUGAAUGUGGAAUGAUAAUAAAAAUAAUUAUUAUUUUGAUAUUAUAUAGAUGAUAAUAACUAUUACUUUAAUGUUAUAGUAAUGAUUAUAAUAAUAAUAAAAAAUAAUCACAAUUAUUGUUAUUAUUAUUAUUAUCAUUAUUAUUAUAUUACAUAUAGGAUAAUAAAAGAUACAGUAAUAAUACUGAAAAUAAUAAUGAUCAUAAAACACAAGUAUAGUGAAAACUUCUUUGUGCUGACAAACCAUAUAAUAUAAAAUCAAUGUGUUCCAUCUAUACUUGAUUUUCAUUUUCAGUAUGUUGCCAAAAGUGACUUUUUUUCAUGCUUUGCUUUGUAACUUUGAAAUGCACAUUCUGUUUUCAAUUUUAGACAAAUGUUAUUUACAGUACUCUGCAAGCUUUAAAUGAGUGAAAGUUACAUUUUUCUGAAAUAUCACAAUUCUCCAGACAUAAUUUGAAAAAAUAAAAACUUGCAUAUUUCUUUAAGUAAGUUUCUCGUUAUUUCAUUAUUAUGAAAAUAAGUUUCUGAUAAUUUUAUUAUUGUGUUUGAUCAACAAUAUUUUUCUUUACAUAAAAAUGCAAAAAAUAGCAUAACUUUAAAUGUUAUAAAUUAUUCAUUAAUUUAAAAUAAAUGACAUUGUUUCCCUUCUCACUAAUUCAUACACUUGUAAGGUAGACUGUCUCUCCAAUAAACAAUGACCCUUGUUUAUUGGAACCAUACUGUGAUGGUCAUUAGCCCCCAACUGUGCUGGUGAAGACAGAAAUCCCUUGGCCCACUGCCAAAAUCUAGGCCUUUAAGUUUUAUGUUUAGGUCUCCUUUUCUCCUAAACUAUCAAAGCUAUUGCUUUGAAACUUGGAAUACUUGUUCACCGUCAUAAGCUGACCCUGUAUAGCAAGAAACAUAACUCCAUCCUGCUUUUUGCAGGAUUUAUGGCCCCUUUUGUACUUAGAAAAUAUCAGAUUUCUUGGUUAAGUUAUAUGUUUAGGUCAACUUUUCUCCUAAACUAUCAAAGCUAUUGCUUUGAAACUUGGAAUACUUGUUCACCAUCAUAAGCAGACCCUGUACAUCAAGAAACAUAACUCCAUCCUGCUUUUUGCAAGAAUUAUUGCCCCUUUUGGACUUAGAAAAUCAGUUUUCUUGGUUAAGUUUUAUGUUUAGGUCAGCUUUUCUCCUAAACUAUCAAAGCAGUUGCCUUACAACUUGCAACACUUGUUCACCAUCAUAAGCUGACCCUGUACAGCAAGAAACAUAACUCCAUCCUGCUUUUUGCAAUAUUUAUGGCCCCUUUUGGACUUAGAAAAUAUCAGAUUUCUUGGUAAAGUUUUAUGUUUAGGUCAACUUUUUCUCUUAAACUAUCAAAGCUAUUGCUUUGAAACUUGCAACACUUGUUCACCAUCAUAAGCUGACCCUGUACAGCAAGCAACAUAACUCCAUCCUGUAUUUUGCAAUAAUUAUUGCCCCUUAUGGACUUAGAAAAUCAUUUUCUUGGUUGAGUAUUAUGUUUAAGUCAACUUUUCUCAUAAACUAUCAAAGCUAUUGCUUUAAAACUUGCAACAGUUUAUCACCAUCAUAAGCGGACGCUAUACCUCAAGAAACAUAACUCUAUCCUGCUUUUUGCAAGAAUGAUGGCCCGUUUUAGACUUAGAAAAUCAUGGGUAGGACAAUAUUUCUUUUAUACAAAAAAAUCAGAUGAGCGUCAGCACCCGCAAGGCGGUGCUCUUGUUCCUAAUACAUUAGUCCUUUGAAUUGUCAUUUGUAGCUUUAAGUGGUAUUAUCAGUGUAAAACUUUACUGUCAUGAUGAAGAUGAACGUAACAGAGCGCAUAAGGGAUUAUAUACCAUAAGUUUUACUAUAUAAUUGGACAUUAAGGAUAAAAGCAGACACACGUCCUCAUGCGCCGAAAUUUUACCCGCUUAUUCGUCCACCAUAUCUUUCAAAUUUUGAAGAGGGACAAAGCUCCUACUAAUUUGUUUUUGGCGCAAAUUUUACAAAUUUAUCAUUUUAUUUCUUAACAAUUUUAUACAUGUUUAUAUAAGUAAAAACACAGAUAAUGAAAGGAAGAACUUAUGCCAGCCAAUGCAUAUUCAAAAAUAGAAACAUUGCUUACACUACUAAUGUAAAAUGCUGUGAUGAAGAAAGAGUUAAUAUUAUUACAAGCGUGUGUGCAACUAUUAAGUUUGAACAUCGGUAAGGUGACCAUUAUAUUACUGUAAGGUUAACCUUCAACUGACAAUCUUGCCUGAAAGGUUAAUGUUUAAAAAGAAGUUGUGGAUGGAUUAUGUAGACAUCGGCAAUGAGGAUAUUUAAUAAAUUUUGCUGUGUACUGCAUCAUGCAGACAUCAGAAGCGUGAACACAGACAUUUCCAGUAUAUUUUCUGUGCUUGUAUCGCUCAAAACCCCGGAUAACUCAAACAUUUGGCUCAUCCCUUCACUUCACGCCCAGCCACGUCGAGGAUUGGAGUUUUACUGUAUGUUACAAGGUUUUAAUAUAUUUGCGUCUCCUGUCGUCACGGUAAUCUUAGAAGUUAAACGUGUAAGACUUCCAGUCUAGAGUUUUUCGGUUUGCAUCCCGGGCGAGGCUUUUGUUCUUUGUGAUGAUUCGCGAAAUAACUUUUAAGGUCAUUAUUCAUCCAAAUGAUAAAGUACAGGCAUUCUUUAGAGUUUAUUUGUCCUCCUCCUUAAGUAAAAGUUGGAAAAAUCUUGUAUAAAGCUACAUAACAAUAUCUUUCAUUGAAGAGUGACAUAAUGGUCAGUUUACAAGUGUUUUAAAGUUGCUAAUAGGUAGAUGCUUUGCGAGGUUAUUGUUGCUAUGUUAAUAAUGAAAAUAAUGUAGUUGGCUUAAAUUGAAUAGUUUAUAUCUUAGAGAUUUUAACAAAUUGAUCAAUUGAUUGUUAAUGAUAAAAUAAAAUGAGAAAUAAGA